AUGGCGUCGGCCGGCCAUGUGUGUGAAACUCCGGGCUGCGGAAAGCCGUCGAAACUCCAGUGUCCGACGUGCAUCAAACUAGAGAUAAACAACAGCUACUUCUGCUCGCAGGAAUGCUUCAAAGGCUACUGGAAGCACCACAAGGACCUACACAAGACGCCGCAACUUUCCGCCUCCAGAUCGUCACAGAAGGACUCCUACAAUCCGUGGCCGGGAUUUGUAUUUACAGGAAAGCUGAGACCGUGGCCUGUGACCGCCAAACGCGACGUACCGGAUCACAUCCGGCGGCCAGACUACGCCAAAGAUGGCCAACCAAUGAGCGAGAAGCAGGCGCGUUUGAGCACUCAGAUCCGGGUUCUAAACGAAACCGAUAUCUCCCGGAUGAGACGGACUUGUAGUCUAGCGCGAGAGGUACUCGAUUUGGCGGGAAAAGCUAUACGCGUGGGCGUGACCGCGGACGAGAUCGACCGGGUUGUACACGAGGCAUGCAUCGAGAGGGAGUGCUAUCCGUCGCCUCUUAAUUAUUUUCACUUCCCGAAGUCGUGCUGUACAUCCGUCAACGAAGUCAUCUGCCACGGGAUUCCCGACCUACGACCGUUCGAAGACGGCGAUAUCGUCAAUGUUGAUGUCACUGUGUAUCAUGAUGGUUACCAUGGCGAUCUGAACGAGACCUAUUUUGUUGGUAACGUCGACGACGAGGGAAAACGGAUUGUGAACGUCGCGUACGAAUGUCUGGAUCAGGCGAUCCGGGCCGUGAAGCCGGGCGUGAGAUAUCGAGACAUUGGAGGCAUCAUACAGAGACACGCCCACGCAAACGGAUGCUCGGUCGUUCGGACGUACUGUGGGCACGGCAUCCACGAACUCUUCCACACGGCGCCGAGCGUGCCGCACUACGCAAGGAACAAGGCGAUCGGCGUGAUGAGACCAGGACACUGUUUCACUAUCGAGCCGAUGAUCAAUCUGGGAACGUGGAAGGACGAUACGUGGCCGGACGAUUGGACGGCCGUGACACAGGACGGCAGGCGGUCGGCUCAGUUUGAGCAAACUUUGUUGGUGACAGAAGUGGGAUGCGACGUAUUGACGAAACGACUGGAAGACGAUGGAAAGCCACUUUUCUUUAGUCAAACGUGAUUGGAGUAAUGCAACGUGUUGGCAUCGUGGAUUAAGAUGUGGCCAUUUUGUUGAUCGUUUUGUGUACAUUUAGUGAUAGUGGUAACAUUGAUAUUAAAUAGUUAUAAUCGUAUUUGUCGAGUACAAUGAUUUCAUAUAAUAGCAAACCAUAACAUCAAUCCGUAAACAAAUUUGAUGU